CGUCAUCUCUAUGAUCCCUUUCUCACGCUUUACCCGCUCCUCCUCGGAAACAAAUACUGCCUAGGUUGGGUGCGCACCAAGUCUGCCGCGACCUUCUACCCCUUCCCCUCCCCGCCCCUCCCUCCCCCCACCGAAAUCAGACGACCGCUUCGCGUUCUUUUUAAUGCGUGGCCCAUUGGUUGCUGUCUCCUCCUCCACGUCCCUUUACAUCUGCGCAUCCAGACCGAGGCCGAAAAGAGCGACUACCAGCUGAAUUUACGGUUGCCCAGGCCUGACUUUGCCAAAGAUUCAUCUCCUCCCGAAGACCAGAAUGGAGAACCUGGGCUGCCGCAGGCCAGUUCUCGCGUCCUCCGUCGUUGGUUGAGUAUAUUCGACUGUGCUCUCUUCUUUUCCUCGACACUCUGCCCAAAACAGCGCUCUGUUUAA